UAUAUUACCCCCAGAGACCACGACCAAACGCAACACUACAGCACGCACCACCUUGAUCAGCCUGCCCUGAGUUCAUCACUCAAAGUAAGAAAGAGGGUAGCGACGGACAAGCAGAGGGACGCAGGCACGUACUAUACCUUAGUCACGUACACACAGCGAGAAGUGAGCAAAGAUGUGCGGCGGUGCCAUCCUCGCCGAGCUCAUGCCGAGCGCGCCGCCCAGGAGCGUCACGGCGGUCCACCUCUUGCCCAAGCGGCAGAGGGUCGACGACUUCGAGGUUGCUUUCAAGCGCUUCGACGAGGACCCCGAGGAGGAGGAGGAGGUGCGCCAGUGCGCGGGCUUCGAGUUUGGCGCCCGCGGGCAGCCGGCAGCGAGGCGCGGCGGCGGUAGGCCGGCAAAGUACAGAGGCGUCCGGCGCAGGCCUUGGGGCAAAUGGGCGGCAGAGAUCCGCGACCCCGUCAAGGGCGUCCGGGUCUGGCUCGGCACCUUCCCCUCCGCCGAGGCCGCCGCGCACGCCUACGACGACGCCGCACGCGGCUUCCGCGGCGCCAACGCCAGGCUCAACUUCCCCUCCUCGUCCACGAGCGCACCCAAGUGCCGCGUAGCCGAGAAACCGACACCGUUCGUUGUUAUUGACCUCGACGACGACGAAGAGGGUGAUGCCGGAGCAGCGGAUGCCGGCGGGAUAAGCUCCGAAUCCAGCGGCGCCCUGCCGGACUUCUCGUGGCAGGGCAUGUCCGCGUCCGACGAGGUCACGGCGCAAUCUGUCCAUGCUGAAGUGGAGUCCGGCCAGUCCGUCGUCGACCUGGGCAGCGCCAAGAAGCGGCCCCGGAUCGAAGCCGACGAGGUUCUGCCGGCAGCGUCCGACGACUCCGCCAACCAACUGUUAGAUCCUUUCAUGUUCGAUGACGAACUCGGUUUCUUGGACAGCAGCUCGUACGAGUGGCUGGAUGGCCUGUUCGGCGCCGAUGCUGAGAAGAUCGACGGCAGUCAGCUGGGGCUCUGGAGCUUUGGCGACGAUGACUGUCUCGCCGAGGACAGCGCGUGCGUGCAAGUAGAGUAGCAGUAUUGUAGUAUCAUCAAAGACAACAGGAUAGGAUAGGACACUCGCAAGUGUUUGACGCCCUCCCACACCUUGUUUUUCUUUUGAGGAUACCCCCACACCUUGUUGAUGAUAUCUCUUUCAUCAAAGAAAUAAAAAAACACCCUGUUAAUGAUGUAAAAA